AUGGAGAUUUCCUCUGCUGAAUCCGAAUCGCUUUCCAUCUCUGGCGCGGCGGCCGAGGCCGCAUCGGAAUCGUCGGUAUCUUCUCCCUCGUCCUCCUCCCUCUCCGCUUCGAGCCAGACCUCUCCCACCGCCUUCUCCGCCGUGGAUCCCGCGUCUGCGACGGCCACAGCUUCCAGAUACGUUGAUGAUGACGAAGACGAGGAGGACGUUUGCAGGAUCUGCAGAAACCCAGGGGAAGCGGAUAAUCCGCUUCGGUAUCCGUGCGCUUGCAGCGGGAGCAUCAAGUUCGUGCAUCAGGAUUGCCUCCUUCAGUGGCUUAAUCAUAGCAACGCUCGUCAAUGCGAGGUUUGUAAGCAUCCGUUUUCGUUCUCGCCAGUGUACGCUGAGAAUGCUCCAACGAGGCUCCCUUUCCAGGAGUUUGUAGUUGGGAUUGCGAUGAAAGCUUGCCACGUGUUGCAGUUCUUUCUCCGGUUGAGUUUCGUGCUUUCUGUGUGGCUUCUCACCAUUCCCUUUAUUACGUUUUGGAUAUGGCGGUUGGCUUUUGUGAGGAGCUUUGGGGAAGCUCAGAGGCUGUUCUUAAGCCACAUCUCCACCACAGUGAUUCUCACCGACUGUUUGCACGGGUUCUUGCUCUCGGCGAGUAUUGUCUUCAUUUUCCUCGGGGCGACUUCUUUGAGGGAUUACUUUAGGCAUUUGCGGGAGCUGGGAGGACAAGAUGAGAGAGAAGAUGAAGGGGAGAGGAACGGUGUUCGUGCUGCGAGAAGACCUGCUGGACAGGGUAAUAGGAACCUUGCUGGAGAGGGGAAUGUUGAAGAUGCUGGAGAUCAGGGUGCUGGUGUUGGUCAGGUCAAUAGAAGGAAUCCUGAAAAUGUUCUGGCGAGGUUGGAUAUACAAGCAGCUCGUCUCGAGGCUCAGGUUGAACAAAUGUUUGAUGGUUUGGACGAUGCUGAUGGUGCUGAAGAUGUUCCGUUUGAUGAGCUGGUUGGAAUGCAGGGUCCGGUGUUUCAUUUGGUUGAGAAUGCCUUUACUGUUCUGGCAAGCAAUAUGAUAUUCCUUGGUGUUGUGAUCUUUGUGCCCUUCACUUUAGGACGGGUUAUAUUGUAUCAUCUGUCGUGGCUUUUCGCUGCUGCUAGAGGACCUGCCCUGACCGCAUCAAUGCAUUUUAUAGAUUCAGCAUUGGAAAAUACAACUCUGAAGAGUGCGUUGACUUCUGUCUCAAAUUUGACUAACGAGGGCCAAGAAAAUGGACUGCUUGGUCAGCUCUCAGAGAUGGUGAAAGUCAACGGAAGUGAACUGAACGGGGCAAACAGUACUCUAUCUGUCGCUGCUGAUCUCUUAAAAGGUUCUGUAACAGGAUCAUCGAAGCUAUCUGAUGUUACCACCCUGACUGUUGGGUACAUGUUUAUAGUCUUUCUGGUUUUCCUUUACCUCGGGAUCAUUGCACUGAUUCGUUAUGCCAAGGGUGAGCCACUGACUGUUGGGAGAUUUUAUGGUAUCGCUUCUAUGGUAGAAGCCGUACCAUCCCUCCUUAGACAAUUCUUGGCAGCGAUGAGGCAUCUGAUGACUAUGAUUAAAGUUGCCUUCCUUUUGGUCAUCGAGCUUGGAGUCUUCCCACUGAUGUGUGGGUGGUGGCUAGAUGUUUGCACAGUUAGGAUGUUUGGUAAAACAAUGUCUCACAGAGUACAGUUUCUAUCAAUUUCUCCACUGGCAAGCUCGCUUGUUCACUGGGUUGUUGGAAUCAUGUACAUGCUGCAAAUAAGCAUCUUCGUUAGCCUUCUUCGAGGGGUUCUUCGCCCUGGAGUCUUGUAUUUCCUUCGUGAUCCCGCAGAUCCUAAUUAUAAUCCAUUCCGAGAUUUGAUUGAUGAUCCAGUACACAAGCAUGCUCGGAGGGUUCUGUUAUCUGUUGCAGUCUACGGCAGUUUGAUUGUCAUGCUGGUAUUUUUACCAGUCAAGCUAGCUAUCCGGAUGGCUCCUUCAAUCUUCCCGCUCGACAUAUCUGUAUCCGACCCAUUCACUGAGAUUCCGGCCGACAUGCUUCUGUUUCAAAUAUGCAUACCAUUUAUCAUCGAGCAUUUCAGACUUCGGACCACAAUCAAGUCCCUUCUACGCUGCUGGUUCACCGCCGUCGGUUGGGCCCUUGGUUUGACAGACUUCCUCUUACCAAGACCAGAGGACAACGUUGGUCAGGACAAUGGAAUUGGUGAACCAGGAAGGCAGAACAGAGCACAGGUCGGUGGACCUGACAGGGCCAUAGCUGCGCUUCCAGCAGCUGAUGACCCUAACAGAAAUCUCCUCCGUGCUGGUAAUGUCAACGCCGGUGAGGAAUAUGAAGAUGAUGAAGAACAAUCUGAUACAGACAGGUACAACUUUGUGAUCCGGAUAAUCCUUCUACUACUCUAUGCAUGGGUUACUCUUCUUCUCUUCAAUUCAGCAUUGAUAGUUGUACCAGUUUCACUCGGACGUGCUCUGUUUAGUGCCAUCCCAGUUCUCCCAAUAACGCAUGGCAUCAAAUGCAAUGAUUUGUAUGCUUUCGUUAUUGGCACAUAUGCCUUUUGGACUGCCAUAUCUGGGGGAAGGUAUGCUAUCGAGCAUGUCAAGUCGAGGAGGACUUCAGUCUUGCUUAACCAAAUAUGGAAAUGGUGUGGGAUUGUCUUCAAGAGCUCGGUACUAUUAGCCAUAUGGGUUUUUAUCAUUCCGGUACUAAUCGGACUUCUGUUUGAGCUCUUGGUUAUCGUCCCAAUGAGAGUCCCAGUAGAUGAAAGCCCUGUCUUCCUUCUGUAUCAAGACUGGGCUCUUGGCCUCAUCUUUUUGAAGAUCUGGACUAGACUGGUAAUGUUGGAUCAUAUGCUUCCGAUAAUGGAUGACAGCUGGAGAGCAAAGUUUGAGAGAGUAAGAGAAGAUGGAUUCUCGAGGCUUCAAGGGUUGUGGGUACUGAGAGAGAUUGUAUUCCCUAUCGUGAUGAAGCUUCUAACAGCAUUAUGCGUUCCCUACGUCCUGGCGAGAGGAGUGUUCCCGAUGCUCGGAUAUCCGCUAGUUGUGAACUCGGCGGUCUACAGAUUCGCAUGGAUAGGUUGUCUCUCGGUGAGCCUCUUUUGCUUCUGCGCAAAGAGAUGCCACGUCUGGUUCAGAAACCUUCACAACUCCAUCCGUGAUGACCGUUAUCUCAUUGGUCGGAGGCUCCAUAACUUUGGGGAGGCUGCCCUGGCUAACCAAAACCUAAACCAGAGCAGUGAGGAUGCUGGAGGAGAUGGUGGGGUCUUGAUAGGACGUGAGGGAGAUGCUGAUACUGGGCUUAGGCUCAGACGUGCGAUCCAACAAGAAGCUUAGAAAAGAGUAGUGUUGUGUCAGGUGGUGAACCAAACAACCGUUGGAAACUGGUCACUGAGUCGUUUAACAUUUGUGUACUUCUACUUGAUCCGUAAGGGAUUGGCUUUAAAAGAUUUUUUAUUUGUCGAUGUGUAAAUUAUAUAUAUCCGUUUCUCCUUUUUGUGUGUGUUAUUAAAACUGAAAGAUCUUUAGAAAUAAGUUUAUAACGCUUCGUUAGUUCAUAUUUCUUUUGUAAUGUUUUUGGAAAACGAUUGCUUUUUUCAAAUUCUAUUUUCUUUCCAA